AUGAUGAGAUGCAUAUUGGCCCCUAAUUACUGGAUAUUCUUCAAUUUCCUGAUGAUGCUUACGAAUAUGGAACGUCUACGAAGCUACUCACGUGUCACGCAAAUGUUCCGAUCCGACACAACAUGUGAAUGUGAUGUUCCACCAAGAAUGACCACAUCAACCGGUUUAGCAACUAUUGGCGCUGAUCAGCUGCUCAAUGGUGUUGCUUCACGUCUUAUAUUUGAAGGACCACCAUGUGAUUCGUGGCCAUGUUGGAAUGAAGGUGAAUGUGUGGCAAAUGGUACUCGAGGAUAUUCUUGCCGAUGUUUACCUCAAUUCGUCGGUCGACACUGCCAAUUUCGGAAAAUGAGCAGUGAUGAAUUUCGUGUCGUUAAUGUACCAUCCUCAUCGAACUCGACCGGAUAUAUUUCAUCCAAGGAAAUGCUUAUGAAUUACAUUAGAAAUUUGAGUAAACCGGAACUUCGUAAGCUUUUAACACCGGUACGGGAAGGUCUACUCACGGAAAAUUCCGUUCUUCACAUGAACACACAAAACUUCUCCGUAGAUCACGUUGUAGUACCGAUAACCAUAUGUGAUCUAUUGGAUGAGCUCGGACCUACAUGGAAAAAAUGGAUACAUAUAGUUCCUGAUCUGACCUCAUUCGAUCCGCUCAAUAACGGCGAUGAAACGUAUCGAAACAUCCAUCAUGACGAGCACAUCCCUGAAUAUAAAUUACUGGAUUAUGUGCAUGACAUGGACAAGCAUCAAAAACGAUCACUGCUUAACCUCAUCCGUGAAGGAAUCCUCACAGAUGAAUGUUUCAUUAACAUAACUGACGCAUCAACUCCAGAAAGACUUCAGGCACCUAUUCCAAGGAUUGUAGAAGCGAUGAAAACAGCAGAAAAAAAUGUCCUUAGUAUGGAUUGUAAAAAACCGCUUACAUUAAGGAUUUUCUAUGCGAAACAUUAUUCUUCUGCUAGUUUUCAAAAUCAACAUAAAGCAGAUCUGGAUGUUCGAUCAUUGUCAGCUGGACGUUUUACAAUGCCAAUUUGGUAUUCUGCGUUAUUUUUUGUUAUGACUUUGGGAACUUUUGGUUCACAUAUUUGGUCACAAGUCACAAACUAUACGGAUAUGCAGGAUAGUCUUUCCCUAACAUUGCCUACAAUUAUUCUUGUAAUAUCCAGCCUUCUUAUUGGUCUCCUUCUCUAUCUAACAAUUUAUAUGGUAGGAUUUUUAUGCUGCUGUGAAAAUAAUUUCUCUGGCAAAGGACUUGUGACCGCUGAUCUCGACUACUCAUCAAUUUAUAUUCAUUUUUGCGAGUUGAACCAGAUAGAAAAGCGGAUCUAUGCAACAAAAGCUAUACAAUUUAUUCUAUUAUGGUAUACAAUGAUUCUUGCAAUUUAUGCUAAUCUUUACGAGUUAAAUAUUUAUCCAGCACUUGCUACUGUUCUAACGAAUGGUUUUGGAUUAAUGCUAUUUGCCAGAAUUGCUGAAUUCUUCCGACGAUGUCGACGAACAAGAAACGGUACUGCAAUCGCAGCACGAUAA